UCUCUCCACUCACUGCAUGGGACGAACACACGGCCGCUUUUAUUUCUGCUUUUGAUAUUAUUUCUGCCUGCCUUCGGAUUAUAAUCCCCGCUGUCGAUCAAUCAGACGACCGAACCGACCCUCAGCCCAGCCCGCACCGGACCGGACCGGGGGCUUCAUCCCAGAGAGGAGUGAUCAGGAGUGAAACGGUGUGAGUUUGUUUAAAGAGGAACUCCUGAAGCUCAGAAGAUGAACUGCACUCCAUCAGACAUGGUGCCAUUUUGGAGAUAAACCCCCCCCCCCCCUCUUUUUUUUAAUUUCCUUUCUAUUUUUUUUCUUUCUUUUUUUCAUGGGACGCGCGGACAAGCGGCACAUCAGGUGGAGGUCGUGAGCGCGCACAGCACGCGCACCCCGCCGUCACCUGUCCGCGCACCUUUUGACGGCGCGCCUGUCAAUUAGCGCGGCUAAGUGGAUUAUUUUGAUCUUGAAUUUCGAGUCUGCAGGUUCCUCCUCUCCUCACCUCCCGCCCCCUCAUCCCGCUCCCCCCCGCCAGCCCCCUGGAAGUUAUGUCAAGGCCCCUCACUCAGCUCCUGCCGCCGGAACUGCCUGCCGGGGCCACCAGCCCCCAGUUCGGGGCCACCAACCCGGCCGGAAGCGCCCCCCAAGGAGGACACCUGACCUCCAUGACCAACCUGAAGUCCCUCCUCCAGCUGCCAAUCAAGGCCGACCAGAGGGGCCCCAAGGACUGCUGCGAGAUGAAAGACAAAGACAAGCCGCUGGACUCUGAUGAGGACUCGUUGGGCGUCGGCGGUGGGGGUCCCGGCGGCGUGGGAGGAGGCACCCCCGGCUCUGGCGCGCUGCGGCCCAACUCCCAGUCGGCCUUCCUGGGCCCGCUGCUGUGGGAGAGGACCCUGCCGUGUGACGGAGGCCUGUUCCAGCUGCAGUACAUGGACCUGGAGGAGUUCCUGACCGAGAACGGGAUGGGGAUGCACAGCAAUGGGCCCAGCUCCGCCAGCGCCCAGAUCCCCUCGCAGAGCUCCCAGUCUGCCGUGCCCAACCAGAGCUCCCAGUGCCCUCCGACCUCUCCUCCACCCUGCUCCUCCUCUUCCUCCUCCAUGUCGUCUUCAUCCUCCUCAUCCUCACUGCUGGGACUGGAGACUGUGCAGCCGCAGCCGCCGCCGCUGCCCCCUCAGCAGCAGCAGCAGCAGCAGCAAGGCAUGAUGGGAGGACCAGAGUGUCUACAUGGUGGCCAGGCUGUGCCUCAGGACCCCUCACCCUCCUCCACCUGCCCCCCGGGUCCUCCCGGACCUGCGGCGGGCGCCAACGGCAACAGUGACAUCAUGGUGAACUUUGACCCCGACCCCGCGGACCUGGCGCUGUCCAGCGUGCCGGGCCAGGAGGCGUUCGACCCGCGGCGGCACCGCUUCAGCGAGGAGGAGCUGAAACCUCAGCCCAUGAUCAAGAAGGCUCGGAAGAUGCUGGUUCCCGACGAGCAGAAGGACGAGAAGUACUGGAACCGGCGCGUCAAGAACAACGAGGCGGCCAAGCGCUCGCGGGACGCCCGGCGCCUGAAGGAGAACCAGAUCUCGGUGCGCGCCGCCUUCCUGGAGCGGGAGAACGCCGCGCUGCGCCAGGAGGUGGCCGACAUGAGGAAAGAGCUGGGCCGCUGCAGGAACAUCAUCAACAAGUACGAGAGCCGGCACGGAGACUUGUGAAGGCCCGAGACGACGGAAGGAGACGGAGGCGGAGGGGGCAGGGGGGAGGGGACGAGGAGACGAGGAAAGGGUACACGGCAACCCAACAACAGCAGCACUUUAGUUGAAGUGGCGAGGGGGGAAGGCGGGCGUAGACCUGCAGUAAGCGCCGUUCGACACCGGGCGCAAACACCACCAGAGUGUUUUUAAUGGGUGCGCUGUGCCUCAGGAUGUCACGACAGGCGAGCACAGCGACGCCAUCUUUCUUUCUGUUGUUGUUGUUUGUUUUUUUUUGUUGUUCCCCCCGGUUUGACUCUCCGGCUGCUCGGCUGAAUCCACACCACGUACUGUAUCUCCACCCCGGCAGCUUGACGACGCCCCUCGGUGCUGUGGUGCUUACGCCCGGUGUCGCGCCACGUUUGUGCAGGUAGUGCGCCGCGGCCGCUGCUCUGGCCAGUUCAAACAGGGUGUUGAAUUCACAAUAUGCCAGUGAAAUCUCACUUUUUAAGCUCAAGGCAUGGACACAAGCCAGGAGAGGUCAGACGUGUAAUUUUUUUUUCUAUGAAUAGAACAAAAAAAAAAAAAAAAACAUGUAUAUUUUUGAACUGGGCAGGAAGGCAAGACUAGUCCAGCAAAGAGGAGGCAAACGGGGCAGGGCGGGGCGUGAGGCGCAGGGUUUUCGUCCAAGAGAUUUUGACAUAGGAUUAAUGUAUAUUUUUCUAUUAGCAGAUGUAUUCAGGAGGAGAAGGAGGAUUUUGGAGAUAAUCUUUUGUAUAUUUUCUAUAUGGGGCGGGGGAGGGGCUGUUAGCUGGACGGUCACGGGGCCACAUAAAGCGCUUUUCCUCCCAGCUGUGUAUUGCUAAACAACAAAUAAUCUAUUUUCAACUUCACAGAGCUGGUUAGCCAGAAGGCAGAGGUGUAACAGAGAAUGUAUCACGGUUGAAUCAGGUAUUUCACACGGUGCGAGACGAGGCGAGGUUUCUUAGUAAGGAUUGUUUUUUCGGGGUGGAAGGUUGCGCGAGAGGUGGCGGGAGGAGGCGGAACGGUGAAAACAAAAACUGUAUAGUUUUAAGAAAUUCUUUUUGUGUUUGUUUGUUUACCUUGUGAGCUCGUCGGAGCACUUGAGUUGUUAUCUUCUAUUUGAUUCCGUGUCUGAGUUUGAAAAUAAUCACAGGGCUUUUCAUUUUUGAAGGUGAAGGAGCAAAAGAAAGAGGUAAUUAGCCAUCAGAACAGCUGGAUGUGAGCAGAUGUUUGUGAGUGCAGACUUUCGCCUGCAGGUGGAAUUGAGAUGAAGAUGUCUUGCUACACACAAACUCUUAACUCUCACACAACUUGAUUGAAGUCUUUCUUCUUAUUCCUUGAACAUGUCCAAGAAGUGCAAAAACAUUACACCAACUGGUUUGGGGGAUCGAACAGUGACUGAAAAACUUCAGCAUGCAGACACACAGACACACACAGACACACACACACAAAAACACACAAACAAACCAACAGACACGCACAGUCCUCACCCAGGUUUUAACCUUUAUUGUUGUUGUUGAUGUUGUUAUGGACUUUUAUGGUGCUGAUCUGAUCUGAUCCUCCAUCCGACACACACACACACACACACACACACACACAGACAAAAAUCAUAGUAACACAUAUGCAAACACACAUAAAAAAACACUUUCACCAUCUCAAACACAGUACUGAACUGCCUAUACCCUUUCUUUGUCUUUUAUUCCUUCUUUUUAGUUAAUUUUAUUCUUUCUUUUGUUGCGUAUUGUAUUGAUAAAUCGUAUAUAGAUUUACACACAAACACUUGUCUAUACCUCUCCUUCAAACUUUACCCAAUGAGAAAGAGAAAUGCACCCUACUGCUACUGUACCAUACAACUGUACUAUUGAAUAUUAAAGUAUUCUCUCACUAGAUAUAUAAAUAUAUAUAUGUGUAUAUGAUAUAUGCUUGAAUUAUGUGAUUAUAGUUGUAAUAUACAUAAUUGAAUACAUUACAGAAGAACCCAUUUGAAUCAUUUUGUCAGUUUUUUCUCAGGUGUUUUUUUUUUUUUCUGUCUGAGUAAUAAAUGCGCAUAUUGAAAAAACAAACAAACAAAACAACAAAAAAGAUUUUUAAUCUGAUCACAGAAUUUAUGGUUUGAUUGACUUUGUGGGAGGAGAUGGACUUAUAUUUAGAUUCUCCUGUCGAGCUUUUAUUGUUAUUAUUCUCUAUUUUUUGCCCAGUUUGCUACUAACUCACCAGCAUGGGAAAACGUCCUACGAAGACCAGCUACUGACCGUCCACUAAGCCCCGCCUCCUCUGGUCACUGUUGCUAUGGCUCCCCAAUUCAGUUCACCAUGGCAACUGUGGAAAUUCUGAGAUUCCAUUGGAAUUGUACCAAAUUUACAUCCUGUGUAUCACAUAUUGAAAUCAUGCCUUAUUACCUUUUGAGUAUAUUUUUAGCUAACAGUCGUGGUGAAUUGCAGGUGUUCACGAUCUAAUGUCACAUUCACUUCAGGCUAGGAGUCCAGUUUAUCUUGCUGUGUCUUAUUAGAUCACAGAACCUCCGGAAUCUGAAAAAAAAAUCAUUAAAAAAAAAACAGAAUCUUAGUUUGAGAAAAAUACAGAAAGUCUGCAUUUUGGACAACUUAUAUCAAGAAAUAAAGAAUACUUACAAGAAAUAUUCACCAUUGACAAGGAUGUCACAUGUCAAGGAGAUCUGCUAGCUUUGCACAGACAUGAAAAAUAUCUUUUGGAUUUAAUAAAAAAAACUAACAAAUCAAUCCCUCACGUUGCAGUCAUGGACUGUUGAUGACACACCAAUGAUUUUCUAUAUUAGAAACACUUCUAGAAAAUUAGAAAAUAAACUUGUAUGGUAACUCCCCGUUAGCUGUAAGUGAUCUAGUUUGGUGGUUUUUAAUAUUGUAAAGACGACCUUGAAUUUGCCUUUUUGUUAUUAGAAAGACUUUUUUAGUGUGAUAAAGACGAAUCCAAAGCUCGAUGGGUCUUCUGUCGUUGCAGCUGCUGAGCUGUGAUUGGACGCCCGGUGAAGGAGGAAGGGGCCUCGUGGACGGUUGUGUAGAACUGUUGUGUUCACAGAUGGCAGUGAAGCCCUCGGUCUUGUUACCUGUUCGAUAGUCACAAUCAAACCUAAUAUGAUUCUGCUUUUUUCAGUUGUCCUCUUUAGGGGAAGAAAUAAAGCUCUUUUUGAGUUCCUAGACCAGUUUUCACUUGAUUUCCCAUCAGCCCGUGCACUGUUUGCACCGCCCACAGAGACUAAACCAACCCCCAAGGUGUAUCAUGGGUAUUUUAGAUCUAUCCAUUUUUAUAUAUACAUAUAUAUAUAAAAUAUACAGUGUAUAUACAUAUGUAUAUGUAUGCAUUUUUUCCUGUCCACUUUUUUUGGGAAAUAUGUUGAGACACUUUUGAAUUGAAAUCCCUGGAAGAGAAGUCUCAGAGCUCCUCACGCUUCAGUCCGUUGAUAGAAGGCUGAAGCUGUGGGUUUUUUUGUUUUUUCUUUUUGAUACCAGGGAUUUCGUUGGGGAUUUCUUCACAGACGUUUCAGAAACUUUUUGACAGUGCUAUUUUUCUAUGUAACUGUGUUGUUGAGCGUGUUACGACUUUUCUCUCCGGCGAGCAUUCGAGGCCCGCUCGUCAUGUGGUGGCAGUGACAGUUUCGCUGCUGUGCGAUAAAACGGCAUUGCGGGUAGUCAUGACAACAGUAAUAAUAAUAAUGAUGAUGAUAACAAUAAUGUACACAGCCUUGUUAUUUCUUCUUCAACUUUGUGGAUUCUCAGCUAACUUCUCCUUGUUGUGACUGACUGUUAUGAACAAGUCCCAUGAGCGCAACAUUACCCCGACUCCUCACCAGUAUUGUGUGCUGUCCACGGGGAUGAUGGCAUAUGUGGUCUUUUUUCCCUCCAAACACCAAUAAAGGCUAAUCCUUAUUCACCGA